UCAGCCCGCCAACACUGCCGUAGCACAUAUGGCUAGCUGUUAGCUUAUACCUGCUGGGGACAGUGGGAUAGGAGUCGCCACCGAGAACAUCUAACUUUAACGCUGCCCGUCCACUUUUUAAAAACUGCAGGAACAGAACUUAAAUCGGGAUGUGCUCCGUCGUCGGCUGUGAUUCGUGGCGUCGCAGUGCGCAUCGGUUCAAGUUACCGGAGGAUCCAGAGAGGAGACUGGAGUGGGUUCAGUUCCUGUUUGAAGUCAACGGGCAACGACUUAAAGAAUCGUCCUGCACCGAUAUCACCAUUUGUAGUGAACACUUUACUGAUGACUGUUUUGAAAACCUGACCCCGACUGGCAUGGUCCAGCUGAAGCCCAGUGUUGUCCCAUCACUGUGUAUCAAGCCAGAGCCAGACGAACCUGAGCCAUGUCAGGAGCCUGUGGAAACCACAGAGUUUACGUCUCCAUGUGAUCAACUUAAAACGCGUGAUAGUCCAUCGUCCUACUCUGAAGAAUCAGGACGAACUUCAGUAGCUGCCCAAGAAAGCCCAGUGCCAAGUGAUACUUCAGAUGCUUUCAUGUCUGAUUAUGGUCAGAUGCUACAAAAAAUUGUGAACAUUGAUAUGAUCAGGGAAAAAGCUGCACUUCUGCAGAUGAAAGGGAAGUGUGUUGUGAACGAAAAACGCCUCCUCCAGUUGUUCCGCUGCAAGUGCCCGUCAUGUGGCUGUAAACUUCAGAUGGAGAAGGUCACCUAUGGGGUGCUCGUCAUCUUGAACCAACGGUGCCUUCAGUGUGAGUACAGAAACCAGUGGAAAAGCCAAGUCAAUGCCAGCGUCCCGACAGCUGAAGAUCAACACCUGACAGGAGGCGCAGCAGCAGCAACUCCAGAGACCCAACAGACAGUGUCAACAGAUGACAACCACAGCACUAUCACAGGUGUCUCUGAGAUUGUUGCUGUUAUUGAUGAGGAGAGUGAUCCCACGGGUGAAACGGAGGAAUCGGGUGAUGAAGGUGACAUGGAUUCAGACGAAGAUUGGAAUCCAGUGGAGGAGCUUUUACCGGAUAAAGAGCUUCAUGGUGAAUCUGAUGAGGAAAGCGAAUACGAAGAUGAUGACUAUCCUCACCUUGCCCCCAAACACAGCCAGCUCUGCACAGAUUGUGGGAUGUUUUUCAGCAGACGGUGGCCUCACACAUGUGAGCACAAAAUUAAACCCUAUUCUUGCAAUAUUUGUGGAAAAAGAUGUGUCAGUGAGGUCGCCCUAAAUUCUCACAGCAGAAUCCAUGAUGCAAACUAUGAGCAUCGGUGCAAAUACUGCCACGUUACGUUCAAAACAAAGGUGGACAAAAUCACUCACGAGCAGACCCAUGUAACUCAAGGAAAGCCCUAUAAAUGUCCUGACUGUUCAGAGACAUUUCCCACAAAUAAGGAACGCAAAAUCCACCUGGAGGAUCACAGAGGCCCCCAGCAGUUAAAAUGUGACAUCUGUGGGAUUGAAUUUAACCGUGUCCGUUCUCUCCAGAGACACUUAACUGUGCACACAGGAGUGAAGCCGUUUAAGUGCUCGGUGUGCCAACGUGGCUUCAACCAGGCAGGCCACCUGAAGUCCCACAUGCGUCUGCACACAGGGGAGAGGCCUUAUAAGUGUCAGCAUUGCGACAAAUGCUUCAAUCACAACGUGAGCUUGAAGAGUCAUGUCCAGCGUUACCACACGUCGAGCUCCGGACAUGAACGGAAGAAGGGUAAAAACAAAACUGUAUGCGACAUUGUUGAUGUUCAGGAAAAUGGGAACGAGAAAGGCACAAACUCAGGGCUUGACAAUGUAGAGGAAGAACAGGAUACAAAAGAGGAGGUGCAGAAGGACAGAGCAGAUGUGCCAAAAAAGAAAAAGAGGAGCACAGGUAGGCCCAUAGGAAGGCCGAAGAGAAAUGCAGCAGGCAGCUUGGCCGGUGAAAUGCAAGGCCAGUGUUCAAGCUCUAAGAGCGCCAAAGUAAAAAUGCAGAAGUUAAAGAGAAGACGUUGCAGUGAUGAAGAAAGUGAGGAUGAGCCGACCGAUUGUGACACAUCCUUUGACCUAACAGAGGAGGAGGAAGAGGAGAUGAGUGAGAAAGUGACAUCGAGCACGAGCAGAUCAAGAAGAAGGGGAAAAAAUUCUGACUUGGACUCUGAUUUUGACCCAAAAGACUCAAAGAGAAAGAGGUACAGCAGCCAGAACAGUGGCAAGAGCUCAGGGAAGCGCAGGGGACGACCGAGGAAGAAUCAAGUAGUUGAAGACACUUAAAAAGACAUUGAGAUAAAAAGGUUACUGAGUUGAGCACUUAAGAUAAAUACAAUUUAGAGUGUUAUACAGAACUUGACUGUUUUCCAUGAUAUGGGUCCAGGGGUCUUUUCAAAUUUCUCUGAUUUUAUAAUGUCACUUUGACUUCAAGAUACUUUUGAAUCUUGUUAACUGAAGUGUGUACCAUGGGACCAAACGGGGUAAAAUUAGAUUAAACUGGUUUGACUUUAA